ACCUAAUUAUAUACAAUUUCAUUCACAGAUUUACAGUGCAAUUAGCUUUAAAGUUACAGCUUUGAACCUACCUUGUUAACUAAAUCCCCCAGGUAUGUCGAGUGAGCGGGAAACACUAGUACUAUGGCGGCGCCCCCUCACCACCCUCCUCUACUUCACCCUCCAACUCAUCUCAGAAGUAGUGAGACUAACCACCCUCCUCCUCACCAACACCACCCUCAUCCUCACCAGUGUGGUACUAAGUGCUGUGGUAGUGGCUGCUCUACACUUUGAGGGUCCACACCAGGUCUAUGUCUCUGUUCUUCAGGACAAGUCAGCCUGGUGUCUCUACUGGUUGGGUCUGGGAGUGUUGUCUAGUGUAGGGUUCGGUACUGGACUCCACACAUUCCUCCUCUAUCUGGGACCUCACAUAGCUAGUGUUACUAUUGCUGCCUGGGAGUGCGGGUCUACUCACUUCCCUGAACCCCCCUACCCCGCUGAGAUAACAUGCCCUGACAGCGGGGAGCCCAUGAGUAUUAACUUGCUGGCUAUCAUGUCCAAAGUAAGGCUGGAGGCGUUUAUGUGGGGGGCUGGCACUGCGCUAGGGGAACUUCCACCCUAUUUCAUGGCACGUGCUGCCAGGUUAUCAGGGCAGCAGCUGGAGGACGAGGACUUUAAUGAGCUGGAGGAGAUUAAGGAGAAAGAUGACCUGGACCUCUGGUCACGUGCCAAGUUACUCAUGCACAAUCUCGUUGAAAAGGCUGGAUUCUUCGGAAUUCUUCUAUGUGCCAGUAUUCCCAAUCCUCUGUUCGAUCUGGCUGGGCUUACUUGCGGACAUUUCCUUGUCCCUUUUACAACAUUCUUCGGUGCCACUCUGAUUGGUAAAGCUAUCGUUAAAAUGCACAUCCAGAUGUUGUUUGUGAUAUUCAUCUUCACUAAGCACCAUUUAGAGGCGUUAGAGAACCUCAUUGCUAGUAUUCCUGAAAUAGGACCCGCCCUGCACGCUCCUUUUGUGGACUACAUGGAUAAACAGAAGUUGAAACUUCACAGUGGCGGUAAAGAGGGUGGUCCCCCCACUGAUUCUAUGGUAUCCAAAUGUUUUGAGAUCUUCCUCUUUCUUAUGAUCGGGUACUUUGUUUUGUCCAUCGUUAAUUCCAUGGCUCAGCAGUACCAUAAAGAUGUGGUGGAGAAAAAGAAGGCGCAAUGACUGAAGAGUAAGAAAAGUAUCAAGCAAAUGUAGGGAGUGAAUUUGCGAGUGAGUUUGCGAUGUGUGUUUGUUUGUUUGUGGUAUUUAUUUCGUGAUUGUGAUGUUUUGUGAUUAUACUGUUCUUCCUUCUACAGUAGUAUUAGUAUUGAAUACUUUGCGGAUUUUAGUUUGUUGUUGUUGAUUAGCUUCUUCUCUCAGCUCGUUUUUAGCUGUUUAAAUAUCCUUUGAUAAUAAUAAAAUAUACUUUUUAAAUGAUAUGAUGUUUGACAAAAGUGUUCUAUAAAUAGAUAUCACGUGAUAGUUCACGUGCAUGAUGAUUCCCUGUGGGCUAUCGGAUUACUCAUUAUUUUGCAGCAAAGAUAUUUGUGCAUCUGAGACUUCAAGAUAAUAAGUUCUUGGCAGCAACAACGUAUAAUGUUUACUGAAAUAGGCUUCAGAAUUGGAAACAUUAGUUAUGAUCUUUAAAUGCUACCUUCAGUAUUAUUAAUUUUGUUAAUUAUUACCCAUUACAUAACCUAUGUACAUAUUAAUAACCAUCGGGAGUGAUAUACAGUUAGGAACAGUUAGGAAAUUAAUUAUGAUUUAGAAUCAGUUUUAUUUUUGCAACUUCUUGACAUGCUAUAUUUACGUAUGGGUUUCAACUUUUGUGAUGUUUUAAUUAAAAUAUUAAUUAAGCAGAUAAAUAGCAUAAUUUUUCGUGUUGGACUGGAUCCUGUAUAAUGUUGAGAUAAACUAAAUGUAAUACUCUAAAACAA